AUGGCUAGACAAUGGAUUCUGGCCCGCCAGGAGGGCUUCGAAGCCUCACUUGAGUUCAAGGAAAACGUCUCCGUCCCAGCACCUAACGAGCUCGGCCGUAACAAAGUGCUUGUCAAGAUCAAGGCGGCCAGUCUCAAUUUCCGCGAUCUUUCAAUCCCGAAGGGCGCCCAUGGACCAAUCGGCAUUCCUCUAAUCCCCGGCUGCGAUGGCGCAGGCGUUGUUGAGGCGGUGGGACUCGAUGUCGAAGAGUUUGUGCCUGGUGACCGGGUGGUCAUGUACUCGGCGCCUGAACUUGCCGACACCAGAGGCGACGAUGCGCAGGCAACGCUCGCUGACACUCCUUCAAUGUUGGGUCAUGGUAGUCCUGGAACACUGACGACCAUUGGCGUGUUUUCGGAAAAGGCACUCGUCCAUGCCCCCAAGUCCCUCGACUGGUUGCCAGCAGGUUCAUUGUCGUGCAACUGGCCCACGGCUUGGAAUGCUCUAUUCGGUUUGAGGGACAGAGAAGCCGGACCGGGCAAGUGGGUUCUCGUUCAGGGUACAGGCGGACUUAGCGUCGCUAUCCUGCAGGUCGCCGUCGCUGCCGGGGCGACCGUCGUUGCGACCACUUCGACCGAGGACAAGGCUGCCCGGCUGCGUGAGCUGGGAGCAUCCCGAACCGUGAACUACCGCACGAGUGAAGACACGUGGGGAACAGAAGCUCGAGCUCUAACACCCGAGGGACGCGGUUUCGACAUCGUUAUCGACGUCGGAGGCGACGAGACACUCGGACAGUCACUAAAGGCCACCCGGCCGGAGGGAGUAUUGUACGUGUUGGGACGUGUUGGGGGUGACGCUGAGCCGGUGUCUCUGUUCGGAUGCCUCAUGGCAACGUGCAUGGUGCGCGGUAUUCUCUACGGCAGCCGAAAUCAGUUUAAAGAAGUGGUUAAGUUUAUCGACGAAAAGGGCAUUGUGCCGGCCGGGGACGACGUCGUUUUUGAACUGGCUGAUGCGAAAAAUGCGUACAAAAGGUUGAACGAAAAGAAGCACUUUGCCAAAGUCUUGAUCAAGAUAGAGUAG